AUGAUGUCAAUAUUAACUAUUGCAUUGUGUAUCACAUUCAUCACUUCUACAACAUUUAAUCUUUACUAAAUUUGUAAUUGCUCAUAACUAAUUUUUCAAUAUGAUUGCUUAAGUGCUGGUUUAGUAUGUAAUUGGGAUUAUGAUAAUAAUGAAUGCUAUGAUAAACCUUGUUCUGAUAUUUAUUAUUAAACUGCUUGCUUAUAAUAACCACAAAGAUGCUAUUGGAGUCGUGGUUGUUAUAAUUUUACUUAAUGUGGUGAUUUGGUCUAUACUUCAAGCUUCUAUUCAGAAUGCCAUGGAUAUAACUACUAUUGUCCAGAAUUUUAACCACCGGAUUGCAUAAGAGUUUAUAGUAUAUAAAAUUGUUCAUCAAUUACUAACCCAAAUACUUGCAAUUAUUACUAGUCUAUGGAAGGAAUUUGUAUUUGGACUGGUAUAAUUGGUUAGGGUUGCACUUUAGCAUAAUCUUGUGCUCAAUUCUUCAAUAAUGGCACUAGAAGUUGUCCUUAAAAAUAUUGUUAUUAUUCAUAGGACAAAUUUGAAACUUGUGCUCCAAAAUAAUGUAGUAAUUAUUUAGAAGAAAUUUAAUGUGCUUAAGGAAUAUAAACAUUUGGACCUUAUUUAAAAAAUAUUGUUGGCUGUUAUUGGAAUUCUGAACAAAAUGUUUGCCAAGAAUAUGCACCAUCUUAAAUGAACCAUGCGAACUGUUAUCCUUAUAGUAGAGGAACCUACCAUUGGAGCAAUACAGAUGAAAAGAAAGGUAAUUGUGUUCCUUGCUCUUAAUAAUUAUUAAUAAUAUCCAUAAUUUUAACAAUUUUAAUAUGA